AUGCCGCCGACGAGCGUGACAUUUCAGGUGACUUGCAAAGAUACCAACGUGGGGGAUGAAGUCUUUGUGGUUGGCUCGGUGCCAGAGCUGGGCUCCUGGGAGGUGAAGGGUGGACUGCCGGUGAAGACCAGUGCCGACCGCUUCCCCGUUUGGAGCUCCCAAGAGACGAAGAUCUCUGCAGAGAAGAUUCUCUUCAAGAUUGUCAUUGUGGGACCUGGGGGUGUUCGUUGGGAGGGGACGGACAACAAGACCGUGCAGCUGUCGGAGGGGAUGCUGGUCACGGUGAAGUGUGCCUACAACAGUAGCAAAGCUGAAUGGAUCACCAAGCUUCCUCCGGAGCCUGCUGCAAAGAAGAAGGAGAAAGAUCGACCGCCGGAGGAGACGAAGAAGAAUGGCUAUCCAAGUCCAGAGGAUGCCAGAGAAGAACCUCUGAAGGAGGAUGGAGCUCCUAUGCUGAAAUCCCAGUCGCGACAUUUGUUCCGGCUCUCCAAUGGAUCGCUGCAGAUGGAGAUGACCAAGACACCCAGUCUCAUGAUGAUGGACUUGGACGAAUUUAUGCACGAAGCCGAAGCCGAGGAAGAACAUGUGAAGGAGCUUGAAGAGCGGGAACGCCUCAAUCAGCAGCAAAGGCGCUUGGCCAGCGGCGUUCUGUUGGAGGAGAUGAAGAACAUCACGAAUCACGCGGACGCCUCGCAGACGGUGCUCCUGCAAGGCUUCAAUUGGGAGAGUCAUCAAGCGGGCAAAGGAAACUGGUAUGGAAUCAUAGAGUCCAAGGUAGAUACUUUUGCAGAGAUGGGAAUCACCGACGUCUGGCUGCCGCCCUGCUCCCAGUCUGUGGCACCCCAGGGCUACUUGCCAUCGCAGCUCUUCAACUUGGAUGGCUCUGCCUAUGGCAAGAAGGACCAAUUGAAAGAGCUGCUCAACAAGAUGCACCAGAAGGGCUUGCGGGGCAUCGCAGAUAUUGUCAUCAACCACCGUUGUGGCGACCAGCAGGAUGAGCAUGGCCGGUGGAAUGUCUUCACCAACACUGGCAUCGAGAGCCGGAAGAGCUUUGCAGGUGUCAUGGAUUGGCAAGGCUGGGCCAUCACCUUGGGCGACAAGUUCUCGGAUGGAACCGGAGAGCGGGGCCCUGGGCAGUACGACGACAAGUUUGAUGCGGCGCCGGACAUCGACCACGGCAACAAGAAGGUGCAGCAGAGCAUUUCCGUUUGGCUGCGCUGGUUACGUUUGGAUGUGGGUUUCGAUGGAUGGCGCUUCGACUUCGUCAAAGGCUAUGGCGCGGAGUACGUGGGGCUCUACUGCAAGAAGAGCCUGCCUUCCUGGGCAGUUGGUGAACUCUGGCUGGACAUGAGGUACGAUGAGAAUGGUCUUUGCUAUGAUCAGAAUGAACACAGGCAAAACACCAUUAACUGGAUCAACGCCACGGACAAAGAGAGCACGGCGUUUGACUUCACCACGAAAGGCAUUUUGCAGGAGGCAUGUCGGAAUCGCCAAUAUUGGCGCCUGAAAGACCAAGAUGGGAAGCCACCAGGACUUUUGGGUUGGAUGCCCAGCCAUGCCGUGACCUUCUUGGACAACCACGACACUGGUAGUACCCAAGCCCAUUGGCCUUUCCCUGGCGACAAAGGUUUUGGUGGGCUACGCUUACAUCCUCACACAUCCAGGAAUUCCAUGUGUCUUCUGGGAUCACGUGUGCGACUGGGGCGAAGACACCCGCUUGCGCAUCCAAGCCUUGAUCAAGCUUCGGGAAAGGGCCAAGCUGCAGGUGGACGCCAGGGUAAACAUUCUUUGUGCAGAUGCUGA